AUGGGGCUCCCGACUCUCCCAAAAAUAUACAACGUCCACUUCGUGGCUAUCAUUGCCACCCUUGGUGGAGCACUCUUUGGCUUUGAUAUCUCGUCCAUGUCAGCAAUCGUAGUGACCAAUCAGUAUAUCAAUUACUUCAACAACCCGUCUGGUGUGAUCCAAGGUGCCAUCGGUUCCGCUCUCGCGGCUGGCUCUGUGGUUGGGUCUGCUGUCGCCGGUCCCAUCUCUGACAAGAUCGGUCGACGUGAUUCUAUCAUGUUUGCGUGUAUCUUCUGGUUGAUUGGAACCUCGGUCCAGGUGGCGUGCCGAAACUAUGGUGAACUCAUCGCUGGGCGAGUGCUUAAUGGAUUCACCGUUGGAAUUACGUCUUCCCAGGUGCCAGUGUACCUUGCUGAGAUUGCAAAGAAGGAUAAGCGAGGCUCCAUCGUCAUUAUUCAGCAGCUGGCCAUCGAGUUUGGCAUCCUCAUCAUGUAUUUUAUCGGCUAUGGUUGCUCCAAGAUUGAUGGAACAGCGUCCUUCAGAACGGCCUGGGGCACCCAGUUCAUUCCAGCCGUUUUUCUCAUUCUGGGACUUCCGUUCCUCCCACGAUCGCCACGUUGGUUGGCCAAGGUUGGGCGUGAAAAAGAGGCCAUUCAGACACUUGCCCGAAUUCAGGCCGGUGGUAACGAAAAUGAUCCACUGGUCAUCGCGGAAUGGGAGGAAAUCGUCACCACAAUGCGCGCCGAGCAGGAGGCUGGCCGUGGCUGGAGGAAGUUCUUCAAGAACGGCAUGUGGAAACGUACGAUGGCAGGCAUGACAGUGCAGGCUUGGCAGCAACUUGCUGGCGCGAAUAUCAUCGUCUACUACCUCACGUACAUCGCAGAGAUGGCUGGACUGAGUGGCGAUGUUGGCAUGGUUACGUCUGGCAUCCAGUACGCCGUGUUCAUCAUCUUCACCGGUAUCAUGUGGAUUUUCAUCGAUAAGACUGGUCGAAGAACCCUUCUCGUCUGGGGUGCGCUGGGUAUGGGCUUCUGCCAUUUUGUCAUCGGCGGAGUGAUGGGUGCGCAUCACACAAAUGUGCCAGGCGGUGUCGGCGACCCGCCCAACGCCAACAUCGUGAUUGCUGUUGACAAGGGUGCCCCAGCCAACACCGUCAUUGUGUUCUCCUACCUGCUUAUCGUCGUGUACGCCCUUACUCUGGCGCCCGUCUGCUGGAUCUAUGCUGCUGAGGUCUGGUCGCUUGGUACUCGUGCCACUGGCAUGUCGAUGGCAGCCAUGUCCAACUGGGUUUUCAACUUUGCACUUGGCAUGUUCACUCCACCUGCUUUUGUGAACAUCACUUGGAAGCUAUUUAUCAUCUUCGGGGUGUUGUGUAUUGCUGCUGCUGGGUGGUUCUUCAUCUUCUAUCCAGAGACCUGCGGAAAGACUCUUGAGGAAGUCGAGCUCAUGUUCUCUAAAGAAGGCCCUCAUCCUUGGAAGACGCGUAAGGGAGAGUCUCGUCUUGAAGCCGAGAUAGAAGCCGUGGUUGCUAGGAAGACGCAAGAUGAUCCUCCAGUUGAUACACGUGAAGGUCAGGCCGAGAAGGCCUAA